GUGAAUUUGGGUGGUGAUGCGGGGAGUGAAGGUGAAAGCGAAGCAGAGCAAAAGGAAACGGGUUGUUGCCAUUCGAGCAUUAAAAAGGACGAGAAGUCGAAAGAACUACCACUCAGACCGGAAGCAUCAGCAUUGGAUCGACCGCCGAAAGCGCCUGCGAUGCUGUCUUUACCUAAUGAUGAGCAUGAACUGGGUCAUAUAGAAGAAAAGAGUGAAAUUACACUGGCCGAUAAAGACAGCUCUGUGGAGACUGUGGAACAGACUGUAUUCCAGAGCGUAACACUUCCGACGGCUCGAGCCGCACUCCUGUCUCACAGGUUGAAGCAAGUCCCGGAGAAGUAUUCGUUAGCUCUACUGACAGGAACAGCGUUCGCUCAGAUCCGUCUACACCGCAUCAUAUAUCAUCCCAGUCUCUUCCCGGUAUAUUUUCGAGCUAAUGCUAUUGAUUUCUAA